AUGGCAAUGAUGGCAGUCUGGGCAGCAGUGCUGAUCACCUAUGGAUUCUCCACAGGAAUGGCGAUGACUAAACCUGGGCUAAAUAGUUGUCUUCAACUGGACAUGGCUCCAAACUCUGUUGAUGACAUGUACAAUGGCUGCAAAGACAACAUGAAGUUCAAGGUGCAAACUGAAUACCUGCAGAAUGAGAAAAACAGAGACAGAAACUUCAAACAGGCCUGGGAUGAAGCAGAGAAAUACGACACCCAAAAAUGGAAGCGGAGAAAGGGAAAGCGACCUCCUAACUACCUGGGGAAAGAGCAGGCUGUGGCUAUUUAUGCCUAUACCCUCGACAAGCCAAGCAUCUAUUCUGAUUUCAACAAUGCAGUUCGAACCCAGAGACCUGAGUACAGCACCACAUUCAGGUAUCAUGCUUUUCACUUUUUCCUGACUGACGCCCUCCAAACUCUCAACACUCGCAAACCUCAAGCAGAAAGAUGUCUCACUGGCUACCGCAGAGUCAACAGUUACUUUUGCCAAAAUGUUCUCAACAAGGUGGUUCGCUUUGGCUCUUUUACCUCCAGCUCAAUGGGUUGGUACCCUAAUCCCGUGAAAUUUGGAGACAAGUCAUGCUUUAAGAUUAUCACAUGCCUGGGAGCAGAUGUGUCUCUGUACUCUAAGCUCGGGGAGUCCGAGAGAGAAGUGCUGAUUCCUCCUUAUGAGGCCUUUAAAGUCACAAAGAUUGAGAGGAGAUCCAAACAGAGGGAUCUUCCAUGUGAGGUGGUGUAUACACUAGAAAGUACACGCACACCUCUUUCCAAUUUGAAUUGUGCUCUUUUCUGA